AUGUCUUCUAAAGUGUGUAAAUCAAUUAAUGAUAUUGAUAAAUAUUUUGUUGAUGAUCCGAACAACCGGGAAGAAUAUAAUUCUAGGAAUUUCUUAAAUACGUUUUUCCCUGGUAGUAAAUGUAGUAGUGAUGAAGAAAAUAUUAUCUCUGGUUUUAUAUUGUUAAUAAGUAUGUUUAAUGAUAUUAAAGAUGAAAAUAUAGAUAGUGGUAAACUUAUUGAAUACGCUAUUUUAUGGUUAAGUUAUAAACUAAAUAAAAAAAAAGAAAAUGGAAUCACUACAUUAAACGAUUUUUAUACUAAACAUAUGGAAAACAAUAGUUGUUAUAAGGAGAAUAUAGAUAAUACUACUGAUAGUAAUAGUAAGAUUAAAAAGGAUGUUAUAGAAAAAAAAAUAAAAUCGAUGAAUAUUGAUAUUAAAGAUAUAUCUAAUUAUUAUGAUCCAUUUAAAUCAUUAUGUAACGUGUAUAGUGAACUUGAUCCAGAAAAAACCCAAAGCAAGACAUGUUUAGAAAAUGCUAGAGAAUUUUUUGAAAAAUAUGAAAAACAUAUAAAUGCUUUAGAUAUUACUAAAGGAGAUUCUUAUUCUCAACUAUGGUUUAGUUUAUUAAAAGAUUAUAAAAAUUUUGAAAAUAAUUAUAAUAGUCUUUUGUGUACUAAUGGCCCACCAUUUGUAGCUUGUCCACGAAGUUCAAUAACAAAAAAUAUACUAAUUACAAUUGCAAUUAUAUUUGUUGCAGCAUCAAUUUUAUUGGGAGUUUCUUAUAAGUAUUCGUUAUUUGGUUUUCGGAAACGAGCUCAAAAACAACAUUUAAGAGAAAAGCUAAAAAAAUAA